AUGCCAGAAGUAUCUGCUGGAGAACCUGAGAUAAAGAACACCAAUUCUGACACCAAGGAUUGGAUCUUAAAUGGAAGGCAGAGCCUUGAGAAGCCAGUCAGGAAUACUGGUGUCCUCAGACAUUCACACCAGAAGAAAGCUGUUGUUGGGAGCAGAGUCUAUGGAAGUAGCAAGACGGGAAGGGUGAAUAUUGCUGUCUGGGGGAUGCUGCUGUUGGGAUGGCUGGGUCAGGUUGGCAAGAGGAGGACCAGGAAACAUGGGCCAGCUCCUGGGGAAAAUGAUAACUCCAGGCAAAAGUUGAUAAUGGGUAUGGCAUAUGAAAUAUAUGACUAG